AUGACAGCAAGCGUGACCUGGGAAGACCCUCAGCUGGCCGAGUUUCAUUCGGCUCUCUGCAAGUCUAGGCGCAUCAUCGCCGUCCUUGGAGCUGGGCUCUCCGUCGCGUCGGGGCUGCCCACCUAUCGCGGCGCCGGCUCGACAGGCUUGUGGCGUAACCAUGACGCUACGCAGAUUGCGACGCCGGCCGCGUUCCGUCACGAUCCCGGCCUCGUCUGGCAGUAUACGAGCCAUAUGCGGCGACUGGCUCUCGCCGCUGCCCCGAAUGACGCACACUAUGCACUCGCGGAGCUGGCGCGCCGCGUUCCUAGUUUCGUCACGCUGUCACAAAAUAUAGACAAUCUGUCACCCAGAGCAGGACACCCGGCAGAUCAGCUCAAGCUUCUACACGGCAAUCUAUUCAAUCUUCGUUGCGCAGACGAAAAGUGCGGUUAUGUCGAGAGGGGAAACUUUCAGGAUCCAAUCACGCCGGCAUUGGCACCAUUGCUCGACGACCAGAAAAGCUCCGUGAUGGGACAAGGUCACGGCACUAAAAGGCCAAAAGCUACUGCUUGGCUGUUGGAGGGCAUAGCCAGGAAGAAUAGGCAAAUCAUGGGCGCCGGGUAUCAAGAAGCCGCAGACUCGCGCGCAGACCAAGCCGCACUCAAGUCGGGACAUGGCAACGAGAGCAUCGAGUCGCGCAUGGCCGCGGUGCCAGAACCGUCCAACCUCUCGCCAGCGGAUCUGCCGCAGUGUCCAAGGUGCGCGACCAGUCUGCUGCGACCGAAUAUCGUAUGGUUUGGGGAGGCCCUGCCGGCAGAUCUCAUGGCUGAAGUCGAUGCCAUGUUCCACAACGCUGAGCCGAUUGAUCUCUGCCUGGUCAUUGGGACUUCGGGUAGCGUCUGGCCUGCCGCGGGCUAUGCCGAUCUUGCACGAAAAAAGGGCGCCCGGAUCGCGACUGUGAAUAUAGACAUUUCUGACAUUAAGAACGUCAGACCGGGGGUCGAUUGGGUGUUUGCGGGAGAUGCAGCAGCCAUUGUACCGAGGCUAUUUGAACCCUUGAUUCAAAAGUCGGGCAACGGUGCACCGUGA